UGAAUCGAAAGCGAUAUGUUGUUUCGUGGGCUCGUAUUAUUGUGCUCGAUCUUUUCAGCGAGCUUCGGGCUCGACGAGGCGGAUGAUUGUCGCUCGUACAAUAAUCUUUGGGUGUGUACAAGUUCGAGCUCGAAUCUCGUGAGCGUAAGUUUCGAGGACAUUAACGCGGUACAAACGAUCGACGACGUUGAGCUCCAUUUGGAUAAUUAUGGAAUCACCGAUAUUUCCGGUGAGAGUUUUAUCGACACGAGAAACGCCACAGCUCUAUAUUUAUCUGAGAAUAAACUGUGCAGAAUAACGAAGCGUAUUUUCAAUAAUUUGGAACAACUUACGUAUCUCGAUCUUAAAAGCAAUCGUAUUAACCUGAUCGAGGAUGAGGCAUUCGCGAAGCUCACGAAUCUCGAAACUCUUCUGCUCGAUUAUAAUUAUUUGACGAAGAUAUCGCCGGGAGUGUGGAAAGGUCUUUCCGGCCUCCGUGAAUUGUACAUAACGAAUAAUACCGUUUCACCACGACGCAACAUGUUUCGCGGUCUUCGACAAUUGGAAACUUUGGCUCUGGAUUCCAACGAAAUCGAUAAUCUGCCAAUCGGCUCUUUUAACGGGCUUGCCAAUCUCGAUCUCUUGUACCUUUCGAGAAACAACAUCGCCGAUCUUCACAACGAUAUUUUCCGAGGUCUUGAUCAAUUGAACGAGUUGGAUCUCGGCAAAAAUCUGAUGCAACGCGUCACACCGGGCUCGUUUCGUAACAUGAAAUCCCUCGAAUCACUUUGGCUCAACGGAAAUCGCAUCACGAGUCUUUUACAAAUCAACACUUUUGACGGAUUGGACAAACUCUCUGUCCUCUUCAUUGGCAACAAUGAACCCCUCAGCAUUGAUUUCAUGAUAUUUCGAGGACUCGCCAACGCCAGUAUCGAACCUGGCUUUCUCGUCGAGGGCAAAUUCGUCAGGGAGUUCCAUGACGUUCGAGGCACUUUUCAAUGCGUUGGUGGAAGUUAUCAGGAACCUUAUGUCUGUCAACGAAUUCAUUGAGUCCGAAUUUCUACUUGCACGUUUUUUUAGUGAUUAUGAAUUUUCAAGGGAUAUCGUCAAGAAGAGAGUCCACUGCCUCAUCCCUGUUACCGAAGCACCUCGAUGGAUUACGGUUAUUAUUCGCCAACAGUUCACACCGUUCCAACAGCUUAUUACGCGCGAAGUACGACGUUCAG